AUGCUUCUUGAUGAUGACGGCGAGCACGUGUACACAGUAUCUGAAGAUUACACAAUUUUAAAGUGGAAAGUCCCUUAUAUGGAUUUUGAAGUUAAAUUAGAAGGUCACGUCCAGGAAAUAAAGAAACUCGUUUAUUCUCACAAAAGAAACUUAAUUUAUUCAACGAGUUAUGACCGCAUUGUUAUAAUAUGAGAUUUCGAGCAAAAAAUAAAAGAAAUUAUCAAUGAGUCAGAUAUAAGAGAUAUUGAGAUUACAAAUGAUGAAAAAUAUUUAGUGGCUUGUUUAUCUAGCAAAGACAUGGUAUUUUGGGAUUUGGAUGUUUUUCAGGAUUAUCAUAUUUAUUUUGAAGAUAUAAUGGAUGCAAUAUUAAUUAGUCCCUGUGGGAAGUUUAUUAUAUCAGGUGAUGUUGGAGGCAGGAUCACAAUUAAAAACUAUGAUAGCCCUAUAAGUGGAAUUAAUUCUCCUCCAAUUGCUGUAGUUAAGCAUGAUUGCCAAAUUACUGCACUUGCAAUAGCAAAUGAUUCUUCAUUGGUUUUUGGAGGAGAUUUAAAUGGAUAUAUUUCAGUUUUUGAUAUGGCUUACUUACUUAAUUUAUGCGUUUAGUACUCAAGGUUGGCAUGCCCAGACCUUCCGCUCACUCUUCCACGAAUUGAACCCUCAGGCCUCUGGGGCGACCUCCCUUGAUCUCCAGGGCACGCUUGAACCGAGUGUUGCCUGAUCGACGACUAUAGAUCAGCUAGUUCCUUUGUAACAUGAGUUGCCUGCGUAAAAAACCCAUUAGGAUUUUUCUGGCCGACUGUCGGCAAAAGGAAAAAAACACACACAACCUGGAACGUAGCGCCCACUUUUCACGCUAAGGAGUUGCCCGAUACGAAUAGCAGGCCCUUGCUAGGCUUCCCCUUUCCAAAUGCCAUGCCUUCCUUCCCCACGAGGUAAACCACCCUGAAAAUUGAGCUUGGGUUAGUCUCUGCCUCCUACAGUAUUGCUUACCUAGCAUUGCUUUCCAUUCUGAAUUUCAAAACCUGUUGGAUAUAAUUAAAAUAUGUGCUCGAAGCUGCAUGGCCGGAAGGUGAUGCCCUGACUGAGACUCCAUAUUUUAAUUAUCAGUUUUUGAUAUGGCACAUCAAACGAAAAAUGACCCUGCUAUCCAUCACAAAGAUACAAUAUAUUCGUUGAAAGUUUCAAAUGAUAAUAAAAUCCUUAUUUCUGGGUACUCUGCUUCUCCAUUUAUUAUAUGAAACAUAAAUAAUUCGAAAAUAGAAAAAUCCAUUGAACUUGGAAGUAAUGAGAAUGGGAUAGAUUUUUAUUUCAGCAAAACGAAAAACUAUUUUGUUGCUUUAUCAUCUGAAAAUGGUAUGACUUUUUGGGAUUAUAAAACUUUUACAAAACUAGCAACAGUUCCUAUUGAAGCUGAAGGAUUGAGUUAUUCAAUAACUUGUAGUCCUGAUGAAAAAUAUAUAAUUUUCUCUGCAGCGGAUGAUGUAAUUGUAAAAGAGAAUCCUAUGGAAGCUAAAGGGAUAUAUUUGUAUGGACAUGAAUUUUGUGCGACUGAUUUCAUGGCAUAUUUAAGAAAGAUAAUUUUGUAUGAAAAUCCUGAAUAUAAUCCUGAAAUGGAUGGCUGAUUUAUUACUCCUAUAUUCUGAAAUGUUGGCCAUAUUUAUGCGUAUUUUAAUCUAGCUGAUCAUUUACACUCGUUUUUAGAAAAUUCUGGCUCUUUAAUUGUUGAUAGAAGAGGAUUGAGUCCUUUAGAUAUUAGUAUUGCAAAAAGGAAUUUUGAUUGUGUAGAAAUAAUUAUAAGUGAGUUUCUAAGAAAUAUCAACUAUUCUCAAAGGAUUAAUACGAUAGAAAACUCUUUAACAGCUUUAAAUUUGUAUGGCUGUAGAUCUCUUAACAAACUUUAUGAAAGAAUUUUAAUAAAAUCUAAUUCAGAUUUUCUACAAAAAAGAUGUUUAGUGAAUCAAAAAUUACCAAUGAUUGUCUUAUCUAAAAAUUCAGAAAUAACUAAUGGUGAGUUUAACUUAAAAGAAGGAGAAGAUAACGAAGAAACUAAGGAAAUUGAAUUUUAUUGUAGCAAGAUCAUGCUGAAUUUAAAUAUUGGGUCAGAAGAAAGUAUAAAAUUUAUGGAGAGUAUGAUAAAAUGCCCAAAUAAAAAAAUUAUUGAUACAGAAAUUUUUUAUUAUAUUAUCAAUUAUAAGUGAGAAAAACUUAAAUGAACGAUGCGAUUUAUAUAUUUUCUUUAUUUUGCUAUUUCAUGACUUUUUGCUUUUACAUUUUUAAGCUAUAUGAAAGGUAACUUAGAAUUUUACUAUUGCCAGUUUUUUAAUUUGCUGAUAACUAUAUUUGAUGCUUACUUACUCGUUAAAACAAAUAAAAACAAACAAAUUACUAUGUGAAACGAUUAUUCAUAUAUACGUUUGUAUUUAUUCCCAUUAAUUUUGCUACUCGGAAAUUGAGAAAUAAAUUAUUCUUUAUUGGUUUUAAUAUCUCUUUUGAAAUCUGUUUCAGUUUUCCAAUUAUUUGAAAAUACAAGAAAUAUUAUUUUUUCUCUUCAAUUUAUACUAGACAUAUUAGGCAAUAUAUUUUUGAAUUUUAUUUUCUUAUCAGUUGCCUCUGCAUUUUGGGAAAUUUUUGUUGGAGACUGAUUAUUAAAAUCUAUGAAAUAUUUACAAGCACCAUCAAUUGGUAAUGAUGAAAGCAUACCAAACCCUCUUAAUAUAGCAGUCGUUUUAAUUCUUGGAUUUAUUAUCCAAAUUUUAUUAGUGAACUCACUAAUAGCAAUUAUUAGAAAAAAUUAUCCUAAAUUUUUGUAUCAUUGUAAAUACAAUGAAAAGCAGUGCCUAGCUGAGAUUAUUUUAGAAGGAGAAAAAUUAUGACCUUUUAAAUGCAAAAAUGAAAAGCAUUAUAUUCAUGUAUGUGAUUUUAGAGAUCAUGAGGAUUUAGAACUUUAUAAAUAUGGUUCAAUAGUCAAUGAAAUUACUGAUAAUCUGAAAAGUUGUAAAUAUAUUGUCAGUAGUAAAAACACUGCUGGCCUUGGUGAACUAAAUCAAAUAAAAGCCAAGAUCGACGAGAAAAAGGUUUAUAAAGAACAAAAUAAAAUUGAGAAAACAGAUAUGCUCAAAAAAUUAGAAAAAUUAGGAGAAAUUAAUGAAAAAAUAGUUUCUUUGCAAAAUUGCUUAAAAGAGCAGACGAAGCCAUCAAGUUAA